UUCAGUUUGCUAGAGACAUCCGUGGUGUGAACAUACGUAUGUGUGUGGUAGUUAGCAACAAUUGAGUUUUGUUCUAACACUUGGCAACUCAAAAUACAUAUGUAUAUGCAUACAUACAUAGCAAAGUAUGUACAUAUCAGCAACAACAGUAUCGUGCGAAUGUAAAGAGUGUACGAACAUUAAAACGCAACAUGAAAGCAGAAUUAAAGUGAAAAAUGUAGCAACAAGAAAAUAUAAUAUCGCGGUGGUGCCUGUAUGAGUAUGUGUGUGAAUUUACUCUCCUAGUGAGCAAAAACAGCUAGCGACAAGUUAUUUAAUGCAGUGGGUAAUUGCAGAAUAUUGAAUUAAUAAGUAAUUUAAAUAAUAACAACAACAAUAAGAAAAUCGAAUCGAAGCAGCAAAAACGAAAUGCGCGUGUAAGAGAGCGAGAGAGAAAAAAAUUAAAGCAACCGUAAACACACGCACACACAUCUACGUUUCACACACACGUGCCGCUGCCAGUGUCGACGCGCCGUCUGUUUAAUGGCUAGAGUGAAGAGUCUAUCUCCCACUCACUAUGUGCGUGAAUGUGUGCGUGCGAGUGUGAGUGUUGGGUUUGGAGGAGAGUACCGCUUGCCGCUUGGCGUAUAAACGAAUAAGAGUAAUAACAUUUAAUUCUGAUAUAAAUUGCAUGUUAAAUGUUUGUGCCUCGUUUUGGGAGCAUUUUGUGAGCGCUGCUGAGUUGGCAACACGGUUAGCGAGCGCAAACACAAACAGACACACACACACACGCGCACACAAACAAAUACUGUCACAUGUAGCUGCUGCGUGUCGUGGUCGUUCCUCUCUCUCACUUGCUCACUCGCUCGUUAUUUCGCCUGGUUGGCUCGUUCGUUCGUUCGCUCACUUCAAUUUUCCUCAAUGAAUGAAAAUUUUUCACGGUAAAGUGGUCGUCGCUGCGUCAGUCGCAGUCGUGUUGUUUUGCUGUUUACGCGAGCAGCGCGGCGCAGUCAAACAAAUAAAAAUAAAAGAUACAAAUAUCAUUAAUGUGCUGAACCUCUCCAUCCAGUUUUAAAUUAUAAAUAAACACACUGUCACGCCUAGUACAUACGUUUAUUUAUUAUAACUGUACAACUGUGUGUUCGUGCAGAUUUGCAGUGGCAGCGGGAGCACCUGAAGCAAAGUUAAAUAAUUUCUAAAUAUUUAUAGAAAACACAAAAAAAAAAAUGAUUCUCUAUCAUUUUGCAUAACAAAAACCACAACGUUCGCAGCCCCUGGGCAGAAUUAAUAACAAGAGUGAAAAAGAAUCUAAAAAAAAAAAAAAAAGGAAAACGAAAACCACACACACAAAUAAAGACUAACAUAAGUGUACGCAGCCAGCAGAAGCAGCAGCAGACGGACGCCUACGUCAAUAAGCCAAACGACGGUGAUGCCAAAUGAUGUUGCGAAUGCUGCGAGCGCCAUUGUUGCACAACAAUAACAAUAAUUGCAACAAGAACAGCAAUUGCGACAGCAACUAUUGUAUUAGCGAGAGCAAUAAGCCGACCAACACUAGCCAAUAUUAGGAACAAACGCAACGAGACGCCAGCAACAAGAAGAAGCCACACACAUGUUGCUGCUACAAUUGGAACGACCACAACGAGGAGAGCAACAGCAACUACGAUGCUCAGCGCUGCCAAUGGAACAGCAGCAACAGCAACACACACCGGAGCAGCAGCAGCAGCAGCAGCAGUUGCCGCUGGCGAAACUUAUGUCAUAACAAAUAAACACCUCCAUCAGCAGCAGCAGCAACAUUUUGUUGUUGCCGCCAAUACAAUGGUUAUACCAACGACUGCAGCCGCCGGUAUACCAACAGCAACAACAACAACAGCAGCAACAACUACAGCAGCAACAGUUGAUACACAGCAGCAGCAGCCGCAGCAGCCGCAGCAGCCUCAGCAACAGCAGCAGCAACAUGUGUUGUUCCAGCCACAGUUACAGCUGCAGACAGCAGCAGCAGCAACACCUCAGCAGCCCACACAGCCGCGCCAACAUCCCAAGAAGCGCAAAUUUGAUCCAGCUGAGCUGGACAAAGAUGAGCAACAGCAGCAGCAGCAGCAACAGCAACAACAACAGCAGCAGCAACAGCAACAACAGCAACAGCAUACGUUGUACAAGCAACAGAAACCCGCCGAGACGAAUGGCAACAGCGAUGCGCUCUCCAAUGGCAAUAUUGCUGCCGUGCAGCAAAAUACGUUAGCUUUGCGCAAUAUGAUUGUCAGUCCACCGUCAGCAAUGAAUUGUGGAGGUGCUGGUGCAGGUGCAGGCGCCGGCAACAGCAAUGAGAUCAGACAGCAGCAACAGCAACAGCAGCAGCAGCAGCAGCAACGUAUUAUAAUCGCCUCACCGCUGCAACAUGCGCCCAGUACUUACAAGCAACAUGUUGCCAGUAGCAACAGCAACAGCAGCGGCAACAGCAACAGUCAUGCAGCAAUCAACCAUUCGCGCACACACACGCCCGUCUACUAUCAACAGCACCACCAACAGGGGCAACAUCGUUUUAGCUUUAACUCACACAAUCAGCAACAUGUACAGGAACAGCAGCAGCAGCAGCAGCAACAACAGCAGCAGCAGCAGCAGCAGCAGCAACAACAGCAACAACACGAACCUGUUGCUCUACUUGAUCUCAGCGAAUGGACUAAUACGCGUGUCCUGGCCAAAGUUGGCAAGUGCUAUGCACCUGGCAAAAUACAGCAAGUGCACGAGGGCACAGCCACGCCCACGACAACGCCCCCCUCAAUACUCGUGAAAUUCGAUGCCUCCGAAUUUGGUCAGCAACUGUAUCAGGAUGUGCUGCAGCAGGGACGCUACAAUGUGAUACUAGACGCCAGCCCACCCAUGGCAGAUAUCACGCUGGACGCUCGGGUCUGUGUGCGCCAAAGUCUCGAGGGACGCACCGUUGACUUCGUCUAUGUGGAGGGCAUAAUUAUGGAUAUCAACCAGGGAACCAAGCAAUAUACCGUGCAAUUGAUCAAUGAGGAAUUGCCCAAUACGAGAGUUGUGCGUCGAGCUGAUUUGCGCCUGCUGCUGCCGCCCUGGUGGGAUGAGCUGAACGAGCUGGCGCCAGCGGCAACGCCAACUGUGAGCGGUAAACGCAAAUCGGAGCCGGCUACCGGCGGCGUCUAUUCCAAGGCCUUUGUGGCAACACGCUACGAUGGCAAGCUGCCCACGAGCACGCCCCCAGCUGGUCAUGGAGGACUGCAGAAACAUGAGUAUUAUCGAGCGGCUGCAACGUCGCCGUUCCAGGGCGGCGCAGUGCCACCGCCGCCGCUGCCUCUGAGCCAUGUGGAGCACCAGCAGGCCAAUGGACUGCCGGACAUUGUGAUCUCGCCGGGCAGCAAUGGACAGCAGCAGCAGCACCACCACCACCAACAACUGAAAAUGCAUGUGCCAUCGCCAGCGCAACAGCAGCAGCAGCAGCAGCAGCAACAACAACAGCAGCAGCAGCGCGGCUACGACGACUACGACUCCGAUGAUGAGCUGAAGCGCGUCGGCAUCGACUACUCCCCGGCUGCCGGGGACGUGGAUGCCGAGAAGAUGAGCGCUUGCAGCAAGCGCAGCAGCAUGCAGAGUCGAGGCAGCACAUCCAGCUUAAUCGAUCAGAGGCUGACACCACGAUCUCAUCCAGCAACACCAAGAUCUCAGGCAACGACGCCGCAUCGCUUCAAGAAGGGCGACAUUGUGGAAUCGGAAUCCGGAGUGCGCAAGAAGUACAAUGGCAAGCAAUGGCGACGUCUCUGCACGCUGUGCAUGAAAGAAUCUCAGCGGCGCGGCUUUUGUUCCAGACAUUUGAAUCAGAAGGGCAACAAUGCGCUGCCCUCAUCAACGGGGCCGGGUCGUUUUCUCAGUGAUAGCCGUUCGAGCAGCAAAACCCAAAACGAUGAGGACAACUCUCGCGAUUCGGAAACAUCGCCCAACUAUCGGGUCACGGGUCGGUAUGAUCAGGAAGAGACCGAUGUGGCCGCCAUGUUAGUGUCACUGAGCAGCUCGCGCUCUGCAACGCCAUCGUAUACAUCACCCGUGAAUCAUGCUGGCGCCUCGCCGCUGAACGCCAUCGCCCACUCCCCGGUCAACGUGUCUAAUCAUAGGCAAAAUUUCUUUACGCCCAUUGCGAAUCAGUCGCAACAGCAGCAACAGCAACAGCAUGUGACAGCAGUUGCUGCUGUGCCGCUGGAUAGCAAAUGGAAGACAACACCCAGUCCGGUAUUGUACAACGCAAACAACAACAACAACAACAAUGGCUGGGAGAGCAGUCAACAACCGCCACCGCCACCGCCACAAACGGCGGCCGUUUCGCUGGUAAUGCAUGCACCGCCGCCACAGCAACAACAGCAACAACAACAACCACCUGCCGCUCAUCUCAAUGCGCUGCCAGCGCCACCAGCGCCGCCCAGCAGCAGUCACGGUCAUGCGACCAGCGUCAUACGCAUCUCCAGCAGCCAGCAACAACAACAACAGCAGCAGCAACAGCAACAACAACAACAUGUUGUAGUAUCCACAGCCGGCCAUCAAACGUUUCAUCCUGUCAUUGUGAAUGCUGCCCAACAGUCGCACAUUCAUUCGCAGAAUUCAUUGGCUGUUUCCGUUGGGCAGCAGCAACAACCGAUACAACAUCAGCAGCAGCAGCAACCGGCGCCGCCGCUGCCACCCACAUCGGUCGCAUUUCAUCCACAUCCGCCAACCACGCCCACAUCCGUAGCAGUGGCUGGGACGACGGCACAGGACAAGUCAUUGCCAAAAAACGGCUACAAUGCGGCUAGCUGUCCAUGGCAAAAGCUACUGCCGCAGAUGCCAGCCGUGACCAAAGCAACUCCGUCGACUGCCGUGACAACGACAACCACAAACAGCAACUACAGCGUGGCCAUGUUGCACCAUCAACAGCAACAGCAGCAGCAGCAGCAACAGCAGCAGCAACAGCAGCAGCACCAUCCUCAGCAGUUGUCGUCGACCACAUCAUCAACACAGCAACAGCAACAACAGCAACAACAACACUCGCCACUUAAUCACAACAACAAUCAUUUGGUUGUGCCCGCGCCGCUGUCGUCGCCUGGCAAGCCACUCAACUGCUCCAUCAACGAUGCCAAGGUGGCCGCAGCGGCAGCGGCGGCUGCAGCAGCAGCAGCAGCGACCGCUUCGACCAGUGCAACGGACGAGGCUGAGGAGCCCGAUGAGCAGCUGGACGAUGAUGUGUUCGAGAGCACGCCCUCUGCGCCAGCUAUUUCGAAUGGCAAGAAGGGAGCGACGGCAACGAUGCGACUGCCCACAUACAACAGCAACAUACGCAAAUUGGAGGAAUGCCAUGAUUCCAGCGAUGGUGCUGGCGGUGCGCCGGCGACGUCGGCGGCCAAGCGACGCAGUCAGUCGCUCAGUGCGCUGCAGCAGCAGCAGCAGCAGCAACAGCAGCAGCAACAGCAGCAGCAGCAGCAACAGCAACCUCAGCAGUCCACGGCAGCAGCUGGCAAGAAGAUACGUCGACCGAUGAACGCCUUUAUGAUUUUCUCGAAGAAGCAUCGCAAGGUGGUGCACAAGAAGCAUCCCAACCAGGACAAUCGAACGGUUAGCAAAAUACUGGGCGAAUGGUGGUACGCACUGAAGCCGGACGAGAAGGCCCAGUAUCAUGAGCUGGCCAAAGCGAUGAAGGAUGAGCAUUUCCAGCAGCAUCCGGACUGGAAAUGGUGCUCCAAGGAUCGCCGCAAGUCCUCAACAUCGGGUGGCAAGGGCAACGCUGCUGCCGCGGGCAAUGCCAACACAGCCGAUAGCAAGCAGCGUCUCGUCUCGGUGGAUGGCUCCGAUUCGCUGGAUGAUAUGUGCCCCUCCACGCCCGGUGGCAGCGGCAGUGGCGGCGCCCAAGCUACGGAGCUGCAGGGCGACAUCAUCCCACUGACCAUCGAUACGUAUAACAUUGCGUGCGACGAGACGCCCACGACCAUUGCUGGCCAGGCGCAGGGCAACUGCAAGGCCAAGCAGCUGAAGAACGAGCUGCAGUCCGAUGAGGACGAGCAAAUGGUCGUUGUUGAGGAUGAGCAGCCGGCUAAGAAAUUGGAUUUGCAGUGCCUCGAGCGGGUCAACGAUUUGGACAUGGACGACACGCCCUACGACUAUCGCAAGCAACAGCAGCAACAGCUCCAAACGGAUGCGGAACAGCGCACUCAGGAAGACCAUGCGAACAUCUGCAAUGGCCAGACAAUGUCCGCUCCGUCGUCUAGCGCAGAGCGCGAGAUCACAUUGAAGCCGAAGGCCAUCAAGGCGCAUCCGGGACUGGAGAGCACCAUGCUGCCGUAUCCGCAGAUGCCCAUGUACACGCACUACACUAGUCCCAAGAAUCCAAUCGGUGUAACACCAUUCCAACCCACAGGCGGCGCCUUCAAAUCGAUGCCCAUCAGUCCCAAGGGCAGCAGCUCUUCUGGCUGCAAAUCGGAUGAGCAGCAGCUGCAGGCGCACAUUAAGCAGGAGGACAUCAAGCAGGAGCCGCCAUCGCCAUACAAGCUGAAUGGGGGCGGCGCUGGCGCGCCCACUGGGGGCGUAAUUAGCGCACCGCCGCCCAGCAGCGCCAUCUUCAAUUUCAAUGUGCCAAUAGCGACGGCCCUCAGCCAGAAGCAAUACCAUUAUCCCUUGCCGCACACCCUGUGCAGUCCCACAGACGUGAGAGAAACUCGAAAAGCCACUGAACUCGAACCAAAACAAGAACAAGACAUAAUCAAUCCCAGCACCGAUCUAGCAACGGACGAGGACGCUGCAGCAGCCAAUGAAGAGAUCCACGAAGACAACAACAAUAACAACGACGAAGACGAAGAAGAUAACGACGACGACGAUGAUGAUGAUGAAGACGAUGAGCAAUUUAUGGCAGAGUUGGCCAGCGUCACGUCAGAUCUCGAUGAAAUUGCUCCGUAUGCGAUUCCCAAGGCAGUCACUCCCAUGCCCACGGUGCUGCCGUCAGUGCUCAAGCGAAAGCAAUUCACCAUAGUCCGCUCGCUGACGCCGCUGCAGCCGGCGAACUCACCACACCAGCAGCUGAAGCAUCUGCAUCAGCGGCGCGUCGAGACUCCGCCAACGGUUAUAACGCGCGUGCCAACACCGACGCUGACGCCAACGUCGACGCCGACGUCCACGAUCAUUGCGACGGCUGCGUCGCUGCCGCGAAAUCAUUUUACUAUCAUACGCACACAACAAAGAACCGUUACACCACAACACACCACACCGCCGCCAUUGUUUUUCAAGAGCUCAAAAGCUCAGACAUCAACAUUAGCAUUAACCCCAUCUCCAUCAACAAUAACAACAACAACAACAACAACAGCAAGUUCAAUAACAACCACCAACACCAACACCAUCAACACCACAACAACAUCAUCGACAACAACAACAACAACAACUAGUCACUGUAACGAGCAACUUAUUCAAUUUCCCAAUAAUUUCAAUAAUGCUGCUGCUGCAACAACAACGGCAACAACAACAACAACAAACAAUACUAAUACCCAUCCACCACCACCACCACCAACAACAACAACAACGUCUAUAAUACGCAAACUGUUGACACUGCAAGACGGCAACAAGGCCACCGGACGAGCAGCCAUACUGUACGACGCCUUGGUGCUGGACACGCUGCACGGCAACGACGACGACGACGACGACGAUGAUGACGAGGGCGGCGACAACGACAACGACAACAGUGCUGAGCAUGUGAUGGAGCGACAACGACAGCAACAAGUGUCCAUAAAGGCGACAACUGUGCAGCAACAGCAACAGCAACAGCAGCAGCAGCCAGCAACAAUGUUGCUAAUCACCGACGUCAACAGCUACAAUCAGACACAUGUUGCGGCGUCCACGUCGGGCGCAACACUGCGUCCGUUGUCGUUCAUUAGCAUCAAUGCGUGCAACAAGAUCACGCUGCCGGCCAAUACGCGGAUACUGAGCACAACGGCUACCACGACCACGCCCACGCUGACGGUGCUAACCAAGGCGGCGGGGGCAGCGGGGGCCACAAAUCAUAGUACUAAUAAAGCCAAUGAACUAACCAUAACAGCAACUGUCGAUAGCGGCAACAACAGCAACAACAACAACAACAAUAAUAAUAAUAAUAAUAAUAAUCAUAGUAAACGCAUUAACAACAACAAUAGCAACAACAACAACAACAACAGCAAUAGCAUUAACAACGAUGCCACCACCAUUCUUAUGAUCAACUCCAACUCAUCCGCAGCCCAUCAGGCCUGUGUGCCCAACUCGCCGGCGGCCGUCAGCCUGGGGCAUGCCGCCAACAUUGCCACGCCGCCCGCCUCGGCGCCAGCGCAAAUUCUUGGCUCUGGCGGCCCGGCGCCACCUCAGAAAAUGUUCUUCACCAUGGGCCAUCCGUAUCCACUGCUGCCGCCGCCGCACCAGCAGGGCUCGACCGGUCUGGAGCACCUGCAGCUGGAGGCAUUUGCGCCUGGCUACCUCUUCAAGAAGCACAACAGCGGCCUGGGAGUGCAGGGUGCGCCGCCGCCGCCACUGCCAUCAGUUGUGGCACAGACGACGCUGCGCCUGCACGGCUACCCGGCCAGUGGCCACGGCCAGGAGCAGCAGCCGGCUAGCUCGCCCUCGUUCAAGUCGAUGCCCUCGACGCCCAAAUCGGCGACAUAUCAUCACAGCGCCCAGCCGGACUCGUCGGGCAAGCGCAGCGGCAGCAGUGAGGCUGCCGAGGACGCCGACGUGGAUGUCGAGGUGGACACCGAUGGCCAGCAGCAAUUCGUGCUGGCGCCGACGCCAGCGCAGCUGGGAUGUGCUCCGCUGCAGCGGCGCAAGAACUUAUCUCAAAGCAAGUCGGAUAACGUGGUCAGCAGCACGGGCGGCUAUGGAGGCGUCAGCAAUGGCCAGCACAUUGGACGCAAGCUGCACUCGCCCACAAUGAUGGAGGUGAACAGCAGCAGCCUCAGCUCCGCCCUGCCCACGCCCACCUCAUCGACGACAACGCCCAACAGUGACGAGCAGCAGCCGCUGUCGCCCCCGAUCCACGGCAACAAUGUGAACAGUCAGGCUGCCAAGUCGCCCAUUAGGUGCGUGCCGGCCUCUGCACCCGCCGUGGUGUCGCGCAAGAAGAAGAGCGAUGAAGUUAACAAUGUGCUACUGGACUUUGAGAAGAAGUACAAGGCGCUGCCGCAGUUCAAGCCGGAGGACUGCCAAUCGCCCAGCGCCAUUGCUGUGCCGUCGCCGCCGCGUGUCUACGGCACGAACUAUCGCAAAAAGAAUGCCGUGCAGCCACCGGUGCAAAAACUAACGGGCGAAGAUGAUUCGAUUGAUGAGCCGGCAUCGGCGCCGCCGACAACCACACAGCGUUUCUUUGGCGCCGACUUCAACAAUGAUCUGAGAGAACUGGAGACCGGCGAUCAAGCGGGCCGUUCGCCGCGCACACCCAAAACGCCGUUGCAGAGCGCACGCUCCGAUGUCAGCGAAAAGGGACACCGCAAGGUCCUCGAAACGCGUCGCAAUCUGGUUAUGCAACUGUUCAACGAGCACGGCGUCUUCCCAUCCGCUCAGGCAACCAUUGCUUUUCAGACCAAACACAUUGAUGUGUUCCCACGCAAGCAGGACCUGCAGCUAAAGAUACGCGAGGUGCGCCAGAAGAACAUGGGCCAUCCGCCCAGGACGCCGCACUCGGCCGGUCCCAACACGCCAUCCGACUCCAAUCCCUCAUCGGCCACGCUGAGCGCCAAUCUGAACAGCCAAACAAACGUUGGAGGGUCGGCAGAUGUUUUUUCGUAUUAUUAUGCGACAGGUAUGCACCAGCCACACUAAUAGAAACAACAAAGGCAACAUCAACAGCAACAACGACGCUCGGAGCAGCAACUACAACAACAAUAGAAACAGCAACCACAGCAAUAAACUUGUCUACAACACAGGAAACGUUUAAAGGAGCUCAAAGGUCGGUGCUUAGCAGGAUAACAGGAUCUGAGUGGAUCGAGCUGCGAGUGACAAAUUACUUGAAAUUAGUAAACGAAAUAGGGAUAACAAAAUUUAUAAUUGCAGCAGCGCACACACACACACAAAUAAUCCAAACACACACACCCACACACAUAGAUACUGUACAUGUAUGAGAUACAUGUGAAAGUAAAACAAAACAAAAACAACAGAAAUAGUUUAUAUUGAAACAAAGCAAAAUCGAAGAGAUGAAAAAAACAAAAAACAAAAUAAUAUAUAUUAAAAUUUUUAAUUGCAAUAGGCAUUUUUACUACAAGCGUAACAGAGACAGAGAGACAGUAGAGAAGGAAAGAGAGUAGGAAUGAAUUUAUUAAGCAGCUUAAUAAAUCCAGAAUUGAAGAAGUUACCAGUUGGAAGAUAGAACUUUUUGAAGAAUAUAUGAAGUAUAUACCGUAUGGAAACAUUAUUGUAUAAUGGCUUAGUUAUUAAUUUACAGGCGAACAAGCAACAAACAACUACAACAACAACAACAACAAUAAACAAGCAAACACAAUGAAUAUAAGCAAAAAGAAAUAAUAUUAUUAAGAACAAAAAACAAACCCAAUACGAAUUGCACAUUAAUUUUGAAGUGUAUUUAGCACAAGUCAACAAAAACAAAAAAAAAAAAAAAAAAAAAAAAAAAAAAAAAAGAAUUGUAUAAAAAUGAACUUAAAACACACAAAUCGAUAACAAAACACAAUUUGUAAGCGGUGUGGCGAAAUUGUAGUUGUAUUGUACCAUACUUAUAUAUAUUUAUACAAAAUAUAUAUAUAUAUAUAAAUAAAUAUAUAUAUAUAUAUAUAUAUAUAUAUAUAUAUAUAUAUAUAUAUUAUGUAUAUGUAUAUAUAUAUAUAUUUAAUUAGUCUUAAAGGUUUUCGAGAGAAACAAAAACCGCACGUAAAAAUGCUUUUAAAUUGUCAGCUUUUUUUUUCAUGGAAACAUUUCAUUUUUUAAAUUGUAUGUACAUUAUUCUACUAUUAAUCUGGCCCUAUUUUUUACACUGUUGUCUAUUUAAUUUGAAUAAACAAAUCUAAUUUAUAUAAUUAA